AUGGCGGACAAUGGCCCUCCAAACCCCCAAUUCCUCGCGCCUCCGGCCGUCACCGCAUUGCGACAGGAAGCUCGGAACAUCAACCCAAGAAUGGUGAGAACCUUGAGUGAAAACAUAAGGGAAGAACGGGAGGAUUUGAAAGAAGCCGCGGAACAGACCUUGAAUAUCAUCGUGGACUUAGACCUCGAAGGCCGAAUCAAAUGGGUCAGUCCAUCGUGGCGGCAAGUGGUAGGCACGGCUCCCGAGUCAGUCGAAGGCCGUAUGAUAUCAGAUCUACUUCUCGGGAAUAAGGAUGUCUUUCAAGAUGCCACGGAGGCUAUGAAAGAGGACGAUUCGCGUAGUCGAUUCAUCCGAUUUGCAGUGCAGAUGGGGCCGGACUCCGUUCUGAAAUACGCGCCGGAAUCGCGGCCAACUGAAUCGGAGGACGAGACAAACGAAAAUGCUACCGAAGAAACGAUGGAACCCUCGCAGGUCGAAGGGGAACAAACGAACGAUGUUCUCACAAUGGAGGGACAAGGUAUCAUGGUCUAUGAACGUGAUGAAGAUGGACAUUCCAUGUGGAUGUUGCGACCUUUUACCAAACCGAGAGAAGUGACUAUCGAUCUCCCACCACUCCUAGUGGAGUCAUUAGGUGUGGGAGCUGAGGUGCUUGCAAAUUACUUGACUACACUGGCUGAGGCUGCUGCGAACGAACCGGAUCCUUCGAAACACCCUGCCCCAACCCCUGUCCUAUGUCGAAUUUGUGAGCGUCAAAUAACACCCUGGUGGUUUGAGAAACACUCCGAUCUCUGCCUGCAGGAACACCGCGCCGAGAUGGACGUUCAGAUCGCCCAGGAAAAUUUGCACGAACAUCGACAUACGAUUGUGAAAGUGCUGGACGCCAUGGAGGCUCGACAGGGUAGGCCGUUGAUCACACCCGAUGGCAAUGUGUUACCACUUCCUCAGCCGGAGUAUAAAGGAUUGCCUAUUGGCCCGUCUCCUGCCAGCUCAUCGCCAUCAUCAGCCCCCGUGUCUACUGGGAACUCUGCACCAGGUACCCCGCCUCGCUCAAGAGAACACUCGGCCUCUGGUCUUCCUGCCACGGGCCGUGCCCGUUCUUUCACUGUACGACGACCACUGGCACGCAUCGUGGAGUUGGUGCUUGAUCUCUGUGACACUUCCCUCGAAAUCAGCAUGCCAAUGAUCAAAGAGGCAUCUCGUGUAGAAAACCCGGAAGAGUUUCGAACCCUUUCGCCGCAAUCGGAAUCUCGGAUCUUACAGGUCAUUCAGUGGCAAUCACCAAGCUCUAAUACUCUGGAGCAGGAACGAGGCCUUGCUGCCCUGGCAGGGGAUACUGAGCAAAUUGCAAAAGCCAAAGUUGAUGCUGUUGUUCGUCACCGAAAGAUUGUUGAAUAUGCGGAGAGGAUUCGGAUCGAAUAUACUGUUCUAGUUGAAGAGUGCAUUACGGCCGCUCUCAGCAAAGCAGAGCGGAUAGCUGCUGGCCAACUCAGCGAUUCAUCUUGCUCCUCCGAUGACGAGCUUUUGGAAGGAACGGCUUCCCCUGAUCGAAAUUAUGACGACUACAAUAUGGGUUCAGCUGCGACCGGCAGUGAUGAGUACCUAAUCCCCGACCCUUUAAGCCACGAAACACUGCCAUCCCCAGUGCGCGGAGUACCUACUCCACUCAGAUCGAUGACAUCGGCCCUUACAAUGUCCAUGCGUAACUCACCGGAUCGCUCACUGCUUGGGCAACAGCAUUAUCAACAGAUAGACAGCAGGCCUACCUCUUCAUCUCUCGCAGUCUCUACGGGAUCUAACAGCCCCUUGGAGUGUCCUACCCCUCGAUCUUACAAAAGUGCGGCAGGGCUACUUGGAACCUCACAGUCGAGUCGCAGGGGGUUCUCUCUUGCUGAUAUUGACCCUGGAGAUAGCAGUGACAGCAGCAUGCCUUCUGUCUUCCCGGGGGUAUUGCGAACUGAUUCACCCUUGUCAGAAAGAAGCUUUGAUCGCAAGCGGAGAAGUCUGGUGCUUCCCGGGCUGUCUAGCUCUCCCCGCCGACAACCAUCUCCUGCGCGAGUAUCUGGUCCGCACUCCCCAUUACGCAUGUCCAAACCCCGACAUUCCUAUGGGGCAGAAAGCUUACCAUCGCCGGUAGUAUCUCCGUCAACUUACGCUAGCGAAUUGGCUCACCAUUGCCGUCACCAUCGUCGGGAGUCAUCAGCAGCCUCUUCGGAUGUGACCAAACCACCCCCCUCGCCGCGUUUGCCCUCAGUCAGCCAGCAGCCUCGCCCUGUGCCGACGUCCAUCAAGGAUUUUGAGAUCAUUAAACCGAUUAGCAAAGGUGCUUUUGGGAGUGUCUAUCUGUCUAAAAAGAAAUCCACCGGCGAGUACUAUGCUAUCAAGGCUUUGAAAAAAGCAGACAUGAUUGCCAAGAACCAGGUUACCAAUGUCAAAGCCGAGCGAGCCAUCAUGAUGUGGCAAGGGGAGAGCGAUUUUGUUGCAAAACUCUAUUGGACCUUUGCAACCAAGGAGUAUCUCUACCUGGUCAUGGAGUACUUGAAUGGUGGUGACUGUGCCUCCCUGGUCAAGGUUCUGGGUGGUCUUCCCGAAGAUUGGGCUAAAAAGUAUAUUGCCGAAGUGGUUCUUGGAGUUGAGCACCUGCAUGAUCGAGGAAUUGUGCAUCGUGAUCUGAAGCCAGACAACCUCCUCAUUGAUCGUCUUGGCCACCUUAAAUUAACCGAUUUUGGUUUGUCGCGAAUGGGACUGGUAGGUCGCCAAAAGCGUGUACUGAAGAGUCCGAAUGAGUCUGCUCCAGACUUGCUGAAACAGGGGCCAUUCCCCCGAGCCAUAUCGAUCGCCUCAUCACGGUCGGCGUCUUUCGAUUUCCAGGCUGCCUCUCCUGGAUCUACCCCACUCAUGACCCCGGAUAAUACUGGUGGUGUACCUCAGCCGUCUUAUUUCAGUUUGAGCCAGACGAAUCCCAUUCAAACCGGACUGAAUCGCCAGAACUCCCGGAGGGCCUCUGGGUAUCGCAGUGAUAGUGCCGGCAGUGACAGCUUGAAUGGAAUGUUCCGAACUUUCUCACUCAACGACAAUGGAAAUGAACCAUCUGCAGCCUCUCCAAGCAUGCUCUCCAGCAGCCUAGCCGAGGAAGAGCCCCGGAGCGAAGUAGAGGACUCGCCGCAUCUAUAUCCGUUGCAGCAGACGUUUAGCAACCCCGCACAGAACACCCCUCCGCAGCAGAGCAUGCUUCCUCCAGUCAUGGCACUAUUCGAUCCUGACGACCACGAACGACGUUUUGUUGGCACACCGGACUACCUGGCACCGGAGACAAUCAACGGUGUUGGGCAAGACGAAAUCAGCGAUUGGUGGUCAGUGGGCUGUAUUAUGUUUGAAUUCAUAUUUGGAUACCCUCCGUUUAAUGCUGCCACCCCCGAUGAAGUGUUUGAGAAUAUCUUGCAGCGAAAUAUCAACUGGCCGGAUGAUCCGGAGGAAUAUACCACCCUAGAGUCAUUGGAUCUCAUGAAAAGGCUGAUGACUAUCAACUCGCGUGAACGUAUUGGAGCGAAUGUGGAAGAAAAGUACCCCAAUGGCGGUGCAGAGAUCCGCGCCCACCCUUGGUUCUCUGAUAUCAAUUGGGAUACCCUUCUGGAAGACAAGGCGGAGUUUGUUCCCAAUCUCGAGAACCCCGAAGAUACCGAGUACUUUGAUGCCCGUGGAGCUACUCUCCAGGCAUUUGCCGAAGAGAUGGAGGAUGAGCAGUCCCCCCAGCCGACUAAUACAUCGGAAUCCUACCCAGACCGACCCCAUGACGCUUUGUUCAAGGUUCGCUCUCAGGUGAAUUCGAUGAAGCGGCCGUUGAUGCCCCUGCAUAUUCCCCCUCAUGUCCGCGACGCUCGCGACUCGCGCAGCCGAAGGCUGAGUGAGCCGGCACAGGUUGACGACUUUGGAAGUUUCAAUUUUAAAAAUUUGCCAAUGUUGGAAAAGGCCAACAAAGACGUCAUUCAAAAGAUGCGUCAGGAUGCUAUGCAAGGGCAGCAUCGCCAAUCAAGCUCUUCGUCAUCCGGCCAGACACCAUUGACCACUUCCCAACCAUCUUUGGACGGAAGUCCACUCCCAAUGUCCCUUCAACGUACCUUAUCUCAGACCAAGGGGAGCAACCGACCAUCUUCUCCAUCCAGUUUGAGUCAAACGAACUCAUCUCCUAGCCGGCCAUCUCAACCAUCGUCUCCGCUUUUAGUUCAGUUUAGCACUGGCAGCAACCACGAACGACGUAAGACAUCUGGGUCCUCAUCAACUGCAUCCCACCAGUCUGCUGGUACCUUCCAACCGUCCUCGGUCGAGCAAACCCGCAUGCCUAAUCUUCGACUUGGGUCAAUGGCAUCCUCCCCUGUGAAGACCAACCGGAUGACCGCCCACUCCCCGGACAAGCAUCCCUCAACCCAACGUCAAGGUAGUGCCCCUGCCAGUCGAGCUCGAUCCCAGACCAUAGGGUCUCAGGAUGGCGAUAUGUCCUCUUUUCCAAAAGAGAGCUUCGUGCCCGCUCAUCACAAGCGCCGAAGCCAACUGUUUGACAUCUCACCAUCCUCUUCGGACAAUGAGGAUCCACGCACCAAAGCUCUUUUGAAGGUCCAGCGCCGCCGCCAAAGCUCCCGCCGUCUCUCUCAAUUCAAUCUUCAGGAUGGUCCCCACUUUCGGCCGCUGGAUGUCCUGAUUUGCGAGGACCACCCUGUCUCAAAACUGGUCAUGGAGCGCCUAUUUGAAAAGCUUCAUUGUCGGACAAUGACUGCUUCCAAUGGUGUCGAUGCUGCCAGUUAUGCCUGCGGCGAUGUCAAAUUUGACAUUAUCAUGACAGAGUUUAAGCUGCCGCAGGUAAACGGUGCUGAUCUUGCCCGGAUGAUACGAGACACUCGCAGUGCCAACAGCACUACACCUAUCGUUGCUGUGACUGGCUACUUGAAGGAUCUCCCCGAGUCGCAUCAUUUCAAUACUCUCAUCCAAAAGCCUCUCACCCUGUCGAAAAUCACCGAGGCGCUGUGCAAGUAUUGCUCGUGGAAGCCACCUCCCAAAGAUUACGACUCAUCUCAACCUCUCCCUGUACCAUUUCAUAAUGUCAGGUCUUCACAGCCUCCCACCGACGACAACAGCCCCAGCUCGGCAUCCUCGGGGUUCGCGCCAAACCCACCAAGCUCAUACCGUGGAUCCAGUCGCGAUGAUUCGAUGAGUAGCAGCGUGUUUGGAGACAUGGAGUCUGUCAAGUCAGAAGAAAUUCCCGUCAUCAUUCGUCGCAAUCAUGAUGACUGGGAUCAGAGUGGGCUUGGAAUCUCCGAAGAUGCACACCCAGGCAGCCCUGAUCCUAAAGCAGUACCUGUUCCACAACUACUCCAUGCGGUCUCAGCCCCAGCAGCCAUUGAUAGCAGUGGGGCACUUACGCCUCGCAAGCAAAGGUCUAGCGAAUCUAUCCAAGCAAAGCGAGAAUCUCUGGAGCGAAAACGGUAUGAAGGGGCUGAGUCCGGAGACGACGAAGAUGAAGAGCUUGGGAACUCUCAAGCUCGCAAGAGCCCGCCAGGCCGCAGCCGUCGUCCGGGAUCCAAGUUAGGCAUCGAGAUGAUGCGCACGAACAGCCGUGGUAGUGUUGUCAGUGGCAGUGAAGAGCUUCUUAAGAAAGAACGAGAGGCAUUGCGUCGCCGAAGCGGGGAGUAUGUCGACACUGACAUUGAUGACGGUCCUCUGGGGUCCCCGGCUAGCACCAGCUUGGAGGAAAGAUUCGAGGGACUUAGUAUUCCAGAAGAAUCCGAAGCCGAAGAGGCGUUAAGUAAUCAAGAUUCACCUCCACUGGAUAGAUCUCGGCGUCGACCAUCCCUCACGCAUCACCACACUGAGAUUUAUAAUGGACCUCCGCCUACUUCUCAUGCUACUUUCCGCGGUACUCAAGGGGCUACCAAGUCAGGUCCGACCACUCCUCCAUGGGAGGCGAGUGGCAACAAGUCGCCCAUUACCCCAGAAAUCAACGUUGAAAGCAACAACAGUCUCUCAAGUGAAGAUACCUCUGGUGUGGAUACCGACGGCCGGCCCAUGUCUGAUUCUGAAGCUACCCCGCGUCCUCAACAACAUUCUCCAGGUCUGGAUUCGGACGAGACACCUCGCCCUCCUGAGCGCUUCCGCUCUGAUCUGACCUCUGCAUUCAAGAGAUGA